GUCGGCGUAAACUCUCGUGAGAUUUUCUCUCUGUCUCUCCGUGUCCAGAAUCGGCUGGUGUCAGCUCGCAAGACUCUAGAUUCUUUUUCUCAGCUAAAUAACCUUGUUUCUCAAGGCUUUCAGUUUUUUUUUUUACCUCAGUGGAUUGUUCCACACCAAGGACUCACAGCUUUCUGGAUUGUGAUUGGCUAGACGAAGCAAAACAUUGAAUCAUGGGGAAUAUUUUUGGCAAUCUGCUGAAGAGUCUGAUAGGGAAGAAAGAGAUGAGAAUCCUGAUGGUUGGAUUAGAUGCUGCUGGUAAAACCACCAUCCUUUACAAACUGAAGCUGGGAGAGAUCGUGACCACCAUCCCAACCAUUGGCUUUAACGUGGAGACCGUGGAGUACAAGAACAUCAGCUUCACUGUGUGGGAUGUGGGUGGUCAGGAUAAAAUCAGACCACUCUGGAGACACUACUUUCAAAAUACACAGGGUCUUAUCUUUGUGGUUGACAGCAACGAUCGGGAGAGAGUUAACGAGGCGCGGGAGGAGUUAAUGAGGAUGCUCGCAGAAGAUGAACUGCGUGAUGCUGUCCUUCUUGUCUUUGCAAACAAACAGGAUCUGCCGAACGCUAUGAAUGCAGCUGAGAUCACAGACAAACUCGGCCUCCAUUCGCUCCGCCAUCGCAACUGGUACAUACAAGCGACCUGCGCGACCAGCGGCGACGGUCUGUACGAAGGGCUCGACUGGCUCGCAAAUCAGCUCAAGAAUAAGAAGUGAGGGGCGGGAUUUUCAUAACGUGGCUGUCUCUCGCUUUGGGAAAGGGGUGGGACUAAUUUGGCCUUCGGAAUCAUUAUGUUUGGUUUCUCUUUGUUUAAUUUGUUUGUUAUUUUUUGGUUGUAUUCUGGAAAAACACAGUAUGUGGUUUAUGGAGCCUUCUACGUUCUGUGUAAAUCAUCUGUAGGUUUUUAUGCACACACGCAUUCACACGCAGAUCAAUAUUUCCUCUGUGGACUUUUCCAUUUCAAUGUAUGAAAAGUGUCUGUUUAUAGCAUCAACGUUUAGUCGAUUUAAUCGUCUCUCCCUCACUAACUCACUCGCUAACGUGUUUUCAAUCAGUGAUCAGUGUUGUCCUUGACUGCCACGAAAAAGAUUGUUGGGUCUGAGCGCGCUCAUGUAUUAUGUAAUAUGAUUAUGUAUUUCCUCGUAUUGUUGAAAUGUUCCGUAGAUGCAAUUAUAAUGCAGUUUGCCUCCUCACGCACACAAUAUCCACAGUCUGUGAUCCCGUCCGUUCGUGAUUGCAUUAGAUACCCUGCUGUUUUUUGCAUGGCUCUUUCUCUCGGUGUGGUGUUCAGCGUUGUGCUGUUGUAGAGGUUAGAUCUGCAUGUGUGUGUUAAGUCACACGAAGCUGGUUGGUGAUGCAUGCUGCUUUGUGGCUGUGCUGUACAAUGAAUGUUGCUUAUCACACAUCCCUCGCCUAAACUGUGAGUCAAACGUGGUGCUGUCGGCUUGUCCACCAUAAUUUGCAUUCAAGUGAAGCUGUAAAUAAAGCUUUUUCCAAUCAAACGCCCCUUUGUUGUAGAAUUGACUUGGCUAGUUGUUGCAUGGAUAUUGUUUUGUAUGAAUCACUAGCAUUGUCUGCAUGGAAUGCAUGCUGUGCUGUUAGUCCAAUAGAUAGAUAGAUAGAUAGAUAGAUAGAUAGAUAGAUAGAUAGAUAGAUAGAUAGAUAGAUAGAUAGAUAGAUAGAUAGAUAGAUAGAUAGAUAGAUAGAUAGACAGACAGAUAGAUAGAUAGAUAGACAGAUAGACAGACAGACAGAUAGAUAGAUAGAUAGAUAGAUAGAUAGAUAGAUAGAUAGAUAGAUAGAUAGAUAGAUAGAUAGAUAGAUAGAUAGAUAGAUAGAUAGAUAGAUAGAUAGUGAAAUGCUGUUUAAAAGUCCUUUAUUAGUUGUUAUACUAAUUUGCCACUGACAUGAUUAGUAGAUUGUAAACUGUUGCCUAUUUUUUUGCUUUUACUUUCAUAUUAGUGAACAGCAUAAAACAGCACACACGCAUUAAACCUCGGUAUGUCAGUGGUCUGUGGCAAACUGCAUAAUAACUCAUCUGCUUAUGUGUUUGUUUGCAUGUUUCAUGCUCAUAAUGCGUUUUGUGGGUUCAGACGAACAUUUCGCCCCCCAACCAAUGUGAAUUUGUUCAAUCAGUGCACACAUUUGGACUUUAUUCAUGGUGUUUUGGAUUAUUAUAGUUCAGAAAUGAGAAAAAUAUCUAGAAAUUUAUAUUUAAAGAAGGAUGUCUUUUGUGUUUAACACUUUAUAUUCUAUUUCAUAAUCUAUAUCUGUUACAGACCACAAGGAAAAAUGAAAGAUCAAAUGCUAACCUAUUUUACCGUGCUAGCAAGUGUAAAUACUAACAAAGGUAAACAAACAAAACUGCUUAUCCUGCAUUGCGUAUAUGUCGGUAAUCCAUCCAUCACACAGAAAUCUAACACUAACGAAGUCUGUUUGUAAUUGUGUGUGUUUCUAGCAUUGUUUUCUAGUUUGUAUUUUUGGCAUUUUCCAUUUAAUACCCGGCACUUUUCCACUAAAACCAAUUGUUAUGACUGUAUGAACAUUAUAAAAGGCAGGUCUUUUCAACCUAGGACAUGAUUUGAAUGGAGUCUUGUAUUAUUUUGAGCGUUGUAGCGUGUGGGUGAUGCAGGAACGUUACCAAAACAACUGUGCUAUUUAGCAAGACACUUAACCUCAAAUGAUCCAGUUUGGCUAUGGAACAUAAGCUUAGUUAGCUUAACACUCUACAAUAGUAUUUCAGCAUAUAAUGCAAACAGCGAUAUGUCUGCAAGGCCAUUUCUACACAAGUCUGCAGUGUGAAUCGUCCAGUCUGUUAGGUUUUGUGGCCUUAUCUUCUUACUAAAGUGUGUUUUCACAAGGUUAUUUAUUAACUAAGUUAAUGGGUUGCUGGUUUUGUUUUAGAUGAUCCGGGAACAAAAGGGGUUCAAAAAUUUCAAAGCAUUUAUUCUUUGCAUUAAAUAGUUUGUGUGCUUAUUGAGUAGCUAGGAUUGACUUUUUAGGAUGGUUUAAAGUUUCAUUGUAUCUUCUUCGAUAUUCUAUUUUUAUUUAUGUAUUUAUUUCGGUGAGUGUUUUGGUGAAUGUGUUUUUACCUCUGUGUGCUUAUGCAUUUACUUUGUUGAUUUUUUUUUUACUGUGUUGGGUAAAUCAUUUUGAUGGCUUAUACAGUGUCAGUGAACAUAAUCAUUGAAGGGGAAUAUAAUUUCUCAAUAAAUAAAUAAAUAGAACUUAGAAAUCAUGGAUGAAAUGUGUAAUUAUCUCUUACAGUAGAUUAAGAAAGAUUAUUGCUGAUUAUUAUGAUGUAGACACCAAAAUCUUUCUCUCCCUCCGAUUGCUGACUGUAACACCACACUCAAAUAAAAACAUGAAAAUUA